AAAUUUUGCUAUCACUGAGAGCAUCUCUGGUGGCAGGUUUAGAGGGCAGCAGCUCUCUCCUAGGAAUACCCUUGGCUUUUAGAAUGUGUAUUUUUUUUAUUUGCCUCUGACUCUUGAAGCUUGCCUGAUUCUUCACAGCAGAUGAGCAAAUACUCUUAGAAAGGCAGCAGGUCGAUGUUUUAAAGGAGCCAGCAUGGAAGAAAGCAGACAGGGCUAUGGCCUUGGGGAGGGCAAAAUUUUGUUAAUCUGGCUGGCUUCAUUUGUAGGGCUAGUUCUUUUGCCUUCAAUGUUCAGAGUGUCAUUGGGGAUUUCUCAUGUCUAUGUGAAAAUUGUAAUAAAAAUAUUGGAGGUAAGUUGAUAAUUACAUUUAAAAGGUAUAUGUUUUCAACAGGAUAUUUUUAAUUAAAAAAAAAAUCUGUUCAUGUGAAAUAGAUGCUACAAAAGCUAUCAGGAAGUUUUGAGGCUUUUGGAUGGAGGGUGUUGGGGUUUUUUUUAGGGGGGAAGGGGUGGUUUGUUUGUUUGAUUUUUUUGGUGGGAUUUUUCUUCCACUUUUGACUUACAUGAUGGUUUUUUUGAAUGAUAUCUUUAAUGAUAUUUAGUUAAAUGCUGGGAUAUUGUACAGUGUCAGGUUGAGGUUGUCUCAUGUUUAAGUAGAGAUUCCAUGGUAAGUUGUACAUAGUUCAAGCUAGUUACAAUACUUUACGUUAUAUUUUGGGAAAAUCAAAUAUAAAUAAAAUGAUGCAUUAGUUUAUGAGAAGUUAUAAAUAACAAAAAAUGUAUUUUAGAAGUAUGUAAGCUUAAUGGAUUUGGUUUGGUUGUUUCAGUUAUAUUGCAUAAAUGAGUACUGUUCUAGGUAAGAGUACAGACUGCACUUGUUUCAAUUCUAUUUCUAAACCUGUGUCAUCCAACAGUUACAACUUCUGCUCUGCAAGACCGGAGAAAUACAUGCCACCCUCUAAAAGUUCACUUCUCUAGAAGUGAAUAGGUCAUGACUAAGAUCCUGAUUCUGCUGAUAAUCAUGCAAGUUUCUUUUGGGUUUUAAUAAGCCAGGAUUCCAUGUUGUUUUUCAGAUCUGACUUUUUUAUGCCCAUUAAUGGCCAGAAGUAGGUGCUGUCAGUUCAUCACAUAUCACAUUGCCAUGUGACGUGUUUAAUAAUUAAUACUACAUCUCUCUUGCCCUGACAAUCCUCUAUAAUUUCUGUCUUAUUAGAAUUCCUCUGUCUCUUGUUUACUAGUGAUUAAGAACUCUUUGGCAGGGGCUGCCUUCAGCUGUUUAAACAUCAUUUAACUUAGUGGACCUGGCUGCAAUCUGUAGGUGUUACCAGUUGUUUUCAGAUAUUGGUAUCAAUGGGGUAUGACCAGCUACCAUGGCUCUAUGUAAUGUUGGCUUUUAUGCAUGAUACUUUAUUUUAUCAGCCAGUGGUAUGCUGAUAAAACUCUUACCAGUAUCUGAGUAAGAGGCUUGUGUCACUUCUGUAUGAAAUUGAUUUAAUGAGGCUCUCACAUCAAGCACAAGCCCUAAGUGUUCAUUCUGACAGCUUUGCUGCUGCAGUUGACAGAUAUUUAAAUGUUUUUGGUGUUUUUUUUUUUUCGUUCCCUACCUCCCCCCUCCUCCAUGCUUUUACCAUUUUCAAAGGAAAUUUGACACUUUGUGGAGCUGUUUUCUGUAGGAAGUCUUUCUCUUUGGAAUGUGCAUUAAAUGUUUGUAUUUGUAAUUGUCUAAAGUUUACAAGUACAAUAAUCUUGCCUUCAGAAUGUGUAGGAUUGAUUUAUCAGGAGAAAAAGUAGUAAGUCUUUAGUUCUGUGAUCAGGUGCAUCCUCUUCUGUAUAGUUUCCCAAUUCUGGAGCAGUUAAUAACAGAGCAUGACAUAGCAUACUACAGUUCAGGCUGAUUCUAUGUAGGCGUUUUGUGUUUUUGUUGUUCAGUUGAAAGUUGAUGCCUAACUGUCUUGAAAGCAAGAAAAAAAUGUUCUUUUUAAAAUCUGAUUUUAUAUUCUGAUUAAUUUCAGCAAUGUUCUGCUGAGGUAUGCAAAAAGCUUCUCUUUCCACAAGAGAAGCAAAGAUGCAUCUUGGUGGGAAACAGGGGAGAGCACUUUGUAGCACUUUGCUUGUGCUACAGCUCACUUUGCUCUGAGGAAGUGAGAGCAGUAUUGGGAAAUGCUGGGCUAAAGCCUUUGCUUAUAGUUUCUGGGCCUCUUCUGAAAGUCCUGGGGAUCAUACCAAGUAGGAUUGUGGAAAGUGCUAACUUGGCAUGCAGUUAGCUUUAAAGCAGACUUGCACACAGUUCAAGCCAUGAGCAAGUUGGCACUGAUAACCUAGUGAAAUGUCAACCUGUUUCUAGCUGUGAUGUUGUUUGUCUGAGCUCUUGCUAACAGGGUGAUGCAGAAAGACUAGUCUCUGUUAUUGUUGCUAGCUUGAGUGGGGAAAUAUGAUGCCUUUUCCAGUAGCUACUCCAAAAAUCCUUAGUCAUAUAUCAGCACGAUGCCAACAGUAUCCCAGCAAUAUCUGCAAUUUAGAAAGUGCAUAACAACUGAUUGGUAUUUUACAAGAAAUCCAACCUUGGAUGCUGACUGGAUUCUCCAUUGUUAUGCAUUUGACUUAGUCUGUUGUGUAGUCCAGCAAAAUGAAUAGAAAAUUUCUAAGAGCAAUCUAUAUUUGCUUCAUACAAUUUUAAAUGAAUACACAAAUGGAGAAAGAAGAAAAACAUGAUUUAUUUUCCUCCAAGUUUUCUCAAUUUGAGAAAAAGAAAAGAGUAGGUGUGCAAAUCAGGGGUUUUAAGAUUAAAUAAUAUUUUUUUUCAAAAUUGCAUUUGCAAAGAAAGGAUAUCUAUAGCCCUUACUGAAUUUGCUUGGAGCUCAGGUUUGUAAAGUCUGUUCAUAAACGAUGGGUAAUGUUGGCAUAUGAUGAUGUGCCUCUUUUUAAUUUCCAGCUUCACUGAAGUGUUUUAGCAAUGAGAAUAGUGGCUGGUAUAAAUGAGCAGGAUGGAAUUUAUGUACAGAAAUACUUGAAUUUGUCCUUUGCUUCUUUUCCAGCAAGGAAUCUAGAUAGGUGUUUGUUUGAAACAAAACAAAUCUUUUUUUCCAAAAACAAGGGGGAAAAUGAGGCUAGAGAGGACGGCUUGAUGCAAAAAAACCGUAGGUGCUUGAUCAUAGACGGUGAUUCUAGCUGGCACUAAAAACCCAUUGGCCUUUUGGUAAUUACCUCAAAAGAUGUUACAUGGAGUAAUUUCACCAGGGUAAACACUGUGCCUUUGUCACUCAUGAGAACAAAGCUAAGAAGGGGAUUGAAAAACCUGGUUUGGUCAGUGAUUAGAAAAAGGUUUUGCGAGGCCGCAGGAAAAGAGAGGUAGUAAAACAUGGAAAUGGAAGGAAAAAGAGAAAAAUGAAUUAUUAUGCAAUACAGAAAAAAGAAAAAAAGAAUACUGAACAACUCACUGAACUGUACUUAAAAGGAAAAAGGAGCAGAAAAACAGAAAUGAGAUUUAAGUAGUUAGCGUUUGAUAUUGUAUAGCUUAUAAUGUUAUGUACUAUGAAGAGAGUAAUUAAUAUAAUGUGGUAUUAUGCAUGCUGAUUUUGUUCAGAAGGUAAUUACAGGGAGACUUGCAUGGAUCGCUGGAGCUGAGGAGUGGAGUCUUCAGCAGUUCAGGUGGGAUCACUUGAAGGAUGUUUGGAUUUCUUGUGUUCUCAUCACUUGAGAAGUGGGUGGGAGGAAAGCACGGUAUCUGAGUUCUCAUUCACUCAGCAAACUUAGGAAUGAAGUUACUCCGUUCAGCUCUUCAGUUCUGUGUUAGUUACAACAUCUGUGGUUUUGUAAGCUAUUUAGAACAGCCUUUCAUUACAGUUUUGCAACAAAGACCAGACAGACAGUUCUGUCUCAAUACUGUACAAAACAAAAGCAAUCAAAAAGCCUUAUUUCAUAUUUCAAAAACAAAUUGAGCAUACAGAUGUCACAGGAUGCCGGAGAAGAUAGUAACUAUGCUGCUGUAUCAAUCCAAAUUUUGACCUAGUCCUGGCUUUGGGAGGAGACAGCUUAUGUGCUCGAUGAAAAGCCUAAGGGCUGCGUGAUUGUACAGUUGUAUUGCUAAGAAUACUCUCCCUGCUACCCAUUGCUUUGACCUCUCGUGGUGAUUCAUAAGUUAGGAGAAGUGACUUUGUGUUGCAUAUCCCGUGACAUUUUUGUCUGUACUUUAAUGUUCCUUGAACUCGUUUCAAUUGAUCUCUAGCAAUAUGUUCUGGGCAGUGGACUCCACAACUUCGCUGUCUGUUCCAUGAAAAGGUGUUACUUUUUUCCUGCUCAUACUCAUUGCCCAGUGCUUUCAUACCAUUCUCCCCAGUUCCUGUGUUAGAAGACAAAAUAUGUAACUGUAUCUUAUGUGCCUGCUCUGCACCUGCUGAAAUUUUGUAGCCGCUGUUUUCCAGGCUAACCUGUAACCAUUCCUCUACUGGAAGCCCUCCCUCACCUGCCUUCUCCUCUGCCUUUGUAGCCUUAGUUGCCUGUUUAGUUUCAGAGCGAUGCUUUAGUCCCACUAUUUCUCUCUGCUGCAAGGUAGGAUAUUAUGCUUUAUGAAUGACUUUUUUCAGUGUUCGUCAGUUUUGACUUAUCUUGCUCACUGAAUUAGUUAAUAUAUUUUUGCGAGUCACUUAGUGAUUGUACCCUUUUUCUACUUGGGAAUCAAAAGGUAGACUUCUUGAAGUAUUCAAAAGACAGCAAGGACAAACUGAUUUCUGGAGGUGCUUGCCAACUGGCAGAUGACUGGGCAAGAUAAGGGUGACAGACAAAAUACAAGAAAGCAGAAAGUAAGAAAAGGGGCUUUAUUUGCUGAGCUUUGGUGAUUUUUUUUUCAUUUUUUUUCUUGUCAUCCCUCAUACUUUCGGAUAUUGGGGGAGGGAUGAGGACCAGCAGUAGAAUAUGUACAGCUUAAAUUUUACACGUCUACUUUGAUUUUUUCACAAUGUUCUUGUUCAUGUGGUGUAUCUUCUUUCUUUUCUCAUUGCGUGGGCUGUAGUUUUUUGAUACCUCCUAGGUCCCCCCUCCUGAAUGACUCACGAUGUAUUAUCACAGCUUGAGAUAGUUGAUGUACCAGCUCAGCUUUCUUAGGGAGUAAGUGGUUCUGGAACAGCUACUACAUCUUACAUUUACACUGUAUUUUAAUGAAAUGUUCUAGUAUAGAUAAGGCAAAGAUCUGCAUUGAAUGGAGUUUAAUGUAUCACAUAACUUUCACUAUUUAUCUUUGUUACUGUUGUGUUUUUUUUUUUAAGAUGCUGGUAGCAGAAGUCAACCAAAGGUGAACUCAACAUCCUAAUUCUGCCACGAUAAACUGUCUCUGUCUUGUCAUGGAGUUAAACUUCAAUAGCUACAGAAGGAGCUGUUAGGAACCAUGCAAAACUUAAGCAUAGUAAAAAAAAACUAAUAAAAGUUAAUGGCACGUGCAGAUCUAUAGGUCUGGAAUGUGAUGAAAACCCUUAAUGGUCAAUCUGUAUGGUGGCUUAGAUGGUUAUGCCUGUAAGUAAGAUGAGAAAUGAACUGUUUACCAAGAGCUUACCCUGAGUAGAAGGAUGGACCUUGGUCCAUAGUAGGUGGACGAGUUAAUGCCAGGUGAGGACAUUUGCGGAGUGGGUCGUUGAUUCCUUAAAAAAUGAUCAGAGCCUACACAUAAGAACCUGAGGCUCUUUAUUAGGACAUAUGUAUUGAUAUAAAUUGAGGAAGAUCUACUACUGAAAGCUACUGAUGAUAUGCCAGUACAUGUAUAAUGAAAACAUUUUGUGCCAGCAUAAAACUUUAGAAGUAGGCAUAUUGGUAUGGUUGAUCUUGAGUUUAGUGGUAUUCUGCACAGGGAGAAGAAAUCUGCUUUUUUUUUCAAAAAGACAGGGAAGAUAAAAGCUCAUUACCACAACUACUCCUUUGGAAACACUGCAAAUGUGAAAUAGUCCCUCCUUUGUAUUCUGUUAAUACAAAUUGCAUGAAUGCACUAAGGCUGACAUCAUCUCUGUUAUUCUUUUAAAUCCAUUUUUAAGUCUUUUUUUUUUUUCCCCAGAAUGUUUCUCAUAUCAGUGACAUUAGUUUGCAUCAUUCUAUUGCUGAAGCUGACUGGAGAAGACAGAAUUUUGAACUCAUGAUUCUCAGAGAGCCUCAUAGAUAGCUCAGUAAUUUGGUCAAAGAAAAAUAAAAACUCCUGAAAAUAACUUUGAGCCAAAUGAUCUUUCAUGACAAUGACUACAGGUAAUCAAUGUAACAAAUGAAACAGGAGGCAUUCAAGACAGUCUUCAGGCUGAAUUUGAAAACUGAAAAUCCGAGUCCUGGCUUCAGUAAAGGAGGCUCAGACAAUUCACGUAGAGAUGUUACCAGAGUACCUGGAAAUGACAAAAUGAAAACCAUCAACAUCUACUUUUCUUCUUUUGGGAACAGUGGGCAACCCUGCAGAUUGAGAAGGGAAUAAAAAUGCAGAAGGCGCUGGCACUUGAAAAUUUAAUCGCCAAUGGUAAGAUCUCUGAACAAAAGUGACACAGCACUGUUCAUCUGGUACAAAGGCAGCUACUCUGAUAUCUUACCAGGAAGGAGUGAACAGAUAUAUACAUUUUAUGUGAUGUUAAGUUGGAAAACUGGAAUGGUAAAUAAGGAGUUCAAUGAGAAAGUAGUUGCUGAUGUUGUAAACCAACAAAGGAGGCCUUAUGUGUCUAAUAAGAAAGAUGUCUGUGAAUGAUUGAGCCUUCUGAAUAAAAGGCAUUAAAGAAAGAUAUAGCUGAUAACCAUUAGGGAAGCUGUCUCUCUUUUCCUGUCUAUUUUGUACUUCUGACUCCAUCAAUUCUCUCUAUUUACAAGACUAGGAGUGACUAAUUUUUGCAGCUGACAUUGCUCGUUAUGGGUUUUCUCUUCUUUUACCUCCUAGCAUGCAAAACACUGAGUCUCAAGCAAAGCAGCUACGCUACCCUGUGGAUUGCAGACACCUCUUGCACUUUCUCUAGAUACAGGGACAGAAUUUGAGAGAGUAAAUUUUUUUUUUCACAUCUGUUUUUCCCUUUCUUCUUUCCCACAAAGGAACUGGCUACUGCCAUUCUUAGUCAUUAGUCACAUGGACUGGUUUAUUAGCUAAUGACCUUCAAGUCUGAUGAUUUCUUGGACAUUGAGAGUUUGACCAAUGCGCAGCUGGGAGAAGUUCUCUGAUUCUGAUCAGUUAAUGGGAUCGUCCAAAGAGAGGAAACCUCCAUGGAAAAGGAGAUUGCUGGCCAACAUAGGAGAUACUUCAGCCUUGCAGAUGUUAUGUACUUUGCCAAGAAGGGGUGUGAGGCAGUUGCGGAAGAUGAAGUCACGCAGCGGUUCACCUCUGAGGAGCUGUUGUCCUGGAAUCUCCUCAGCAGAACCAAUGCCAACUUUCACCGUGUCAGCUGGCAACUGACCACUGCGUGGGUCACUGGGAUCUUAAUCCGGUACUGUCUCCUGGUGCCUUUUCGCAUCUUCUUGGCUUUCUUCAGCAUCCUCUUGCUGGUCUCAGCAACUACGGUAGUAGGACAGUUUCCAAAUGGCAGGGUUAAACACUGGCUGAGUAACCAGGUUCAGCUGACAUGUGCUGCAUUAGGUGUCCGGUGUCUGAGUGGUCUUGUUCAAUUCCACAACAGGGAGAACAGACCCCAGCGAGGAGGCAUCUGUGUAGCAAACCACACAUCUCCACUAGAUGUUCUAAUCCUGGCUAGUGAUGGAUGCUAUUCCUUGGUUGGCCAGGUACAUGGAGGGCUUCUGGGACUUAUUCAGAAAUCUUGCAUGCAAACCACUCAGCAUGUUUUGUUUGAACGUUCAGAAAUGAAAGAUCGCCAUCUGGUGAGAAAAAGAAUCAGAGAACACAUUGCAGAUAAGGCCAAAUUACCCAUUUUAAUUUUUCCAGAAGGUACCUGCAUAAACAACACAUCAGUUAUGAUGUUUAAGAAGGGAAGCUUUGAAGUAGGAGGCACCAUCCAUCCAGUCGCUAUCAAAUAUGACCCUCGCUUUGGAGAUGCGUUCUGGAACAGCACCAAGUAUUCCAUGAUGACCUAUAGUUUUAAUGUGUUGACCAGCUGGGCUAUUGUCUGUAAUGUGUGGUACCUGCCACCAAUGGUCAAAGAGGAAGAAGAAGAUGCUGUUCACUUUGCCAACAGAGUCAAGGCUGUCAUUGCUGCUCGGGGAGGAAUGUCUGUACUUCCUUGGGAUGGAGGACUGAAAAGAAAAAAAGUCAAAGAGUCUUUCAAGGAAGAGCAACAGAAAAAAUAUUGCCAGCUAGUGACAGAAAGUGGAUUUGUGGGAAGUGGAAAUGUUUAUUAAAUGUUAUUUAUUUUAUCUCAUUUUUUUUUGACUGGGCUUAUCCUUGUGGAAAAUGGGCUUUUUUAUAUUAAAACUCCCAUUCUUUCAUGCUGUCCCUGUCAGAUAUUUUGCAUGUGACACAGCAGAGAAACCAUGAAGGAAUUGUAUUUUAUUUUAAAUAAGGUUAUCAGUUUAAAAAUAGGAACAUUUAUGAGAUUCUUGUGAAAUUCGCUUCAAUGAUGAAUAUGAAGAAUCUGCAAUAAAAUUACUUAGGUUCAUUAAAAUACAUUUUUUAAAAAAAUCUUUGAGUUACUUAGACACUUAACUGUUAAUUUCUUAACUAUUAGCAAAACAUAUGUCUUCGCAACCUGUAUCAGCAUCCUGUUUUAGCCAUUUUCCUGUGAGCUUCAGGCACUGUGUUGUUGUAGAGAUACACUUGCUCUAUGAGAAGACAUGGAACAGUUCACCAUAGUGUUUUCAGUAUUCCAAGAUGCAGAUGAAGUGUUGGAUGUCAGAGGGAACAAAGCACUUGCUGAUUUUGCUCUCCAUGUCACAUGAUGAGUGACUGUGAGGUAGGAUGUUUCCCACCGUCCCACUGACCAAUGGCAGAACAGCAGCCAUGGCAACAUGUCCCAGGUGGCUGCUUGUGUGACAUGGGGAUCAGUCAGUGAAAGCCAAGGACAGUGGUGUGGAAAAAUAUAUUUUAAAAUUUAUAUUUUGUCUUCUGAUUUUCCUAUAUCCCUUCCUGUGUCUGUCUGUACGCAUUGCACAAAUUAAAGAAAACCUAUGUCAUGGCUUCUGCUAUGCUGUGUUGUAAUUAUUGCUUCUUAAGUGAUACUUCUUAAAUCUCUUCAGUGUGCCAGAGUUUAAAAUCAGAGAUUUUUUUCUGCGUAGCAGAUAUCUUAUAGUCACUAACAGAGAUCAUAGCUCUAUGUCAAGGGUUAAGACGAGUGUUGGGUCUAUGGUUCCCGCAUUACCGUGUCACUUCAUCUUUCUCAGAGAUGGAAGGGGAGACAGAAUAGGGAAAAAGAAGGGGUAGAGAGGGAAAGAGAUGGUGAAAUCAGAACUGCUGGAACGUGAAUUUUCUUAUUUGGACUGUGCUUUUACAAGAUGAUAGGAGAUGAUGUCCCUCUCUACCUGUCAUGCAACGCUUCCCCAGUUCCCUAAAGGAGAAGAGCUGUUGGAUGUGUGAUCCUUGUUAUAGUUAUAACUCAUCUUGGAUGUCUGAAUCUUCAAGUAUCGCACCUCACUUCUUCACUUGUGGAAGGAGUGGGCACAGGUCUCUGCCAUCUUUUGGCUAUCUUAACAAGAAAAAGCUAAACACUUAGUCAAAGAGGUAAUUUUUUAUACAGAACAGUGACAUUUAAAGCAAACAGCGAACGCAGCAACUUCUCAAUGACAGCUGAGGUGUGAAUGCCAGCCUUCAAAUAGAGACUACUUGUCUUACCUUGCUUAGAAGAAAUGUUUCUUGUUUUUGGAGUUGCUUUUUUAAUCUACACUCCAUCUUCCCCUCUCCUUUCCCUCGAUAUUCUAUCCAUGUUCUGUAUUUCACUUGCAUCUGUCAGCAGUGACCUUUGGCAAACUCUUUUAGCUGUGGUUGUUUACUGCACUCGGAGUACCAGCAUUAUGGAGGACUUGGUUGUUUUCAAAAAGACCGUAGCUAAGCAUGUCUUCCUCCUCCAGCAGGAGGAUGUGGUGGCAGUAAAAAGAUCAUGUUCUCAGGAUAACUUGUGAGUGGAAAGAUGGUAAACUGCAACUUAUUAUUUCUUAUGUUCUUAUUUCUUAUGUCACAUCUGUGUUACGUGUCCUUUUUUAUUUGCGUAUUAUCUGCCAAUCUGCCAGAAACCAGGCUUUAAAUUACUUGAGGUCCUUUUUAAUUCCAUACCUAUUCAGGAGUAGAUGCAAUAGGGUCUUGUGGUUAACUGUGCCAAUAGAUAUAUCUAUAUCAAAGAGAGAUUUUUUUUUCAGUGGAUCAGGCACUCAAAAAAUGUCAUUAUAAGUUACUUUUUUUUAAUUGGUACAUGUAUAAGAUGCAUAAACAAGAUGUUUCAUUUACCUGAAGAACACUGCAUCUGUAUCUUCCUCAGAAGCCUAAAAUAGCAGCAGUAGAUGUGGAAAACUUCCUUUUGUUUGUCAUUUAAUAUACUUGCCUUUCAGCUCCUUCAUCAGUCAGCUUUGCAUUUGUAAUUAAUUUGAUGACUUAUUUUCUGAAUAAAAUAUGAUGGCCUUUUGACACAGCUAACCAGCUCUGCAUUGUAAAAUAUAGCCUUGCUUUAAAAUUUGGUGCUGCUAGUCAAGAAUUAAGUGAUGCUAACUGUUGCUGUGGCCCGAAUUUAUCUUAUUGAUGAAACUGAUACGAAUCGAUGUGGUCGUAGGUGUGCUCAUCCCGUACUUCUGAGAUGCCUGAAGUAGAGGGCCAUAUGCUGAAAAUAAAGGUAUGCCUCCAGCACUGGAGCUUGUGAAGAAGUCACCUGAAAGCAACUUCUCAGAUGCUCGUGUUACUAUUGCCAAAGUCUUUCUUUGGGGAAAGUAGAACUUGUGAAGAUGGUUUAUGCUUUCACAUUAUAUUAAAUGUACAGACUGAAAUGACUUGAGGGCUUGGCUCAUAUUUCUGGGUUUUAACCUCCAGACUAAGAAGAGAUUAUUGGGGUAUAAUCACUUUUAAUGUUGAAAGUAUGUUGUGCUGCUCUGCUAAUAGUGUCAAGUAACCUGAAGCUUCGUAACUUUAUAGUGAGUUUACAUGUAAUUGACUGUCAUUGCCCUAAUUUACCGUUUUUUUUAGACAGCUUGUCUAAGUUUCCUUGCCCUCCAAGAACGUAUGUGAAUCAAAUAUCAGAGGAGACCAGAAGUUUUGAGGUGUGACUUUGUUUUCUAUAAUUUGUUUGGCAAUACUAUGUAAAGGAUGCCUAAAUGCCUGCUGUGUAUUAUUAUUUCUCAGACAUUAGCAAUCUGGGUUAAUUAUAUCUAAGGAAACAUUACAGAUGACUAGAAGACAUAGCGAUAAGCAAUUUUAUGACCUCUUGGACUCUGAGAAUAACAUCAGAGUUUGGUAAAAAAAAACCCCUCGUAAUCCUUCACUGUAGUGUAUCUGCACAUGAAGACUGACCGCUGUAGCUACAGAAUUCUUACUCCUCUGUCUUCCAAAAGUCUCUUCUACAGCCAUGUUACCCUUAGGAACAUCUGCAGCGCUCUUCUCUCUGACUUCAGAUGACCUGCUCUAUGUUACUGGGAGAUGCCUCUCUCUUUCCUAACUACCCGAUCAAGUCACUGUAUGUAUUACAAGAAAUGUGCUUUAAAAGUAAUGUGAAUAGUGCCAUCUAGUUAGCACUGGAAAACUCUCCCCGUACACCUUUCUUAACGUUUCAUUAUGACAUGGAGAUGUUUGUUUCAUUUGUACUUGGAAAUUCAAUAUAAUGCUGAAGGCAUUAUAACAUGGAAGAUGUUUUGGACUUGUUUCUGCCAGUACUCCUUUCUUGGAACAGCAGUGAAAACAGCAGGGCAGCCUGCUCAGCUUUCCAGGUGUGUGUGAUUUGAGGCCUGAUUUUGAGUAGACCAGUGGAGUUAGGUCACAGAUUCAUCACAGAUGGAUGACAUCAUCUGUGGAUGACUUGCCUUUGGAAAUGCUUGUCCUGUGGUGAAAAACCCAUUUGUUCAUGUGUUUUCAAACACAUUCCCCAGCUUUGAAACAGAUUACGGAGAUGACCUGUGAAGGUUUCUUAGGAUCAUCUGGUUUUGGAGAAGUACUCUCAGGAGGUAGUAUAGAGACAGAGGCCUUCUUGGCUCUUUUCUUUUUCUUGUUCCUCUACGGGACCUUAGCUUUGUAUCCAUUUCUCCUCUCCCUUCCUCCUCCUUGAUUUACUAUUCUAUUUAACGAUGGAUUCUCAAUUAGUGUAGCAGACUCCUUUGUGAGCAGGGUUCAUUCUGAUCAAUUGUCAUCAAGGCUAGCAUUCGGUACAUCCAAUCAAUGCUGUUCUAUAUAAUGGCCAUGCUAUUGACUGAUUUCUAAUUUUACAGUAUGUUGAGCCCUGUUGAACUCUUUUAAUAUGAUAAUUGCUUUACUAAUCAGUAGUCAUGAUUUGUGUGCAGUUGAGGAUUAUUGACAUCAUUUGGUAUCCCUUGGCAUUUGUAUUUGGCUGUAAGGAAGAUGCAUGUGGCAGAACAUUCUAUGUACCAAUGGAUAUUAAAUGGAAUAAUUCUGAGGAGAAUGCUACAUCCUUGUAUACCGGAUUUUUUACAAACAGAAAAUGUAGAAAGGUAUUUUUUUCUUUAUAUAGGAAUAGUUACUAAAUACUACUUUUUAACAUAAUUUAGGCAGCUAUUAAACAAUGUAUUUUAUAAGAACAUCACAAGCAUUCAUUAGCCUAUGUAUUAAAUACUAGCUAUUAGUCUAUGUAUUAAAUACUGCUUAUGGAUUAUAUAAUAUAUAUAUUUUUAAAAUGUGCAUCGUAUAUGGCUAGGGUCAGUCUCCUUUACCCAUACAAUGUAUAACUUUACAAGAGAUUUGUGUAUGUACACACAUUUGAUAAAACUCUGUAUUCUAUUUCAAAUUAGCACUCUGUCAGUAUUUUUUCAUUUUAUUCCAUGAAAAGCACCUACAAUUGAUUAGAAAACUAUAUAUAUCUAUCAUGUAUAUAUCAUAAAUUUAUUAAAGGUCUCUAAAGCAUGAA